CAAGCGACCAUGCCGGCCCCGUCGACGCGCAUGUGCCACAUCUGCGGCCGCCAGUUCGGCAAGAAUUCCAUCGACAUCCACAUCCCGCAGUGCCUGAAGAAAUAUGAGGCGGCCCAGGCCCAGUUGCCGCCGCACGAGCGCAAGCCCGCGCCCGCGGCGCCGCAGCUGCUCGGCGCCGGCGCCAGCGACCGGGCCUACAACGACGCGGCCUACGAGGCCCUGGAAGCGAACAUGGCCGAGUGCGAGUUCUGCGGGCGGACGUUCGCGCCGGACCGCCUCGCGAUCCACAACCGGUCGUGCACGGCCGCGAACCCGGCGAAGCGGCGGCCGUCGUCGCGCACG